AUGACAGUUGGUGAGAUAACCUUGACCCUGGAUGAUGUUGGCACUAUUCUUGGCCUUCCCAUUGUAGGCAAAUCAGUCAGCAUACCAGAUGUGACAGAUCAUCAUGGAGUUACAUUACUCGUUUAUGGCUUGGGGAUUACUGAACGUGCAGCACAUGAAGAGGUUUCUUCUGCUGGUGGCAAUUCAGUCAGGCUUGAAUGGUUGCGAAGUCAGUUUGCUGGUGUCACAGAUUCAAACCCCGAGGAGGCUAUACAGUGCGCUGCUAGAGCUUAUUUAUUGUUUCUGUUGGGAUGUACACUCUUCAGUGACAAGAGUGGCGGCAGGGUUCCCGUUGUUUACCUCGGCUUGUUGAUGGAUUUGGGAUCCAUACAUACUUAUGCCUGGGGUGCUGCUGCAUUAGCAUUUUUAUAUAGACAGUUGGGGUUUGCUAGCCGGUCUGGGGUUAAGCAGAUGGGUGGUUAUAUGAAUCUUUUGGAGGCGUGGAUUUAUGAGCACUUCCGAGCAUUCCGACCUCAUCAGAACAUGGGCUACAAUGAAGACAUGCCACACGUGUACCAUUGGGCAUCUAGGAGAGAGACGGGUUCCUCCAUUGACCAUUUGAAAUCUUUUCGAGCCGAGCUUGACAGUUUAGUAGCUACUAAUCGUAUUAACAUCAUCGCAGAUUUCACAUCCUAUAUUGGCUGGUUAUCAGGAGGGGAUUCGACAUCCUUAUCUGAUUUUACUAGCUAUCGAGAGUAUGACUGCAUGUCCUUGAAGGUCAGCACAUUGACAUAG